AUGGGCAAUCUUCAUUAUUUUUUUGGCAUUUCACUCAAGCGCAACAAAGACAGUCUCUUCCUCCCUCAGGAGAAGUAUGCAUUGGAACUUCUUGACAGAGCUGUGCAGCAGAUUUGUCUUCAUAUGCAUGAUCCUCGGGCUAAUCAUUUGCUCCUUGUGAAGCGUGUUCUUCACUACAUCCGCGGCACCACCAGCUAUGGUCUCACCAUGUUUCGACGCAGCUCCAACAAGUUGACAGCCUAUUCUGAUGCUGAUUGGGAAGACUGUGACAAUGAAGUAGAGGCUAACGACGGAGCACCAGAAGGAGACACUGAGCUGGUCUACGAAGAACCAGAAGGCGUGGACUACGAAAUAGUCUACGAAGCUGACAACAAUGAGGCGGAGGAGUAG